ACAUUUUCCUUAUACAAUAUUUGCAAAAUAUAUAGUUUUUUAUAAUCUUCCACCAUCAUGUCUGUCAGCAUGGCUGCGAGCGCGCUGCUUCAGCGGUCGUUAUCGCGCACACUCUUCGGGAACACUGGCAGCAAAUUAACAACCCCGACCUUUCUUCUUUCUCAUUUAUCGUCUAUAAACACGCGCCAGCUGAGCACAACCGCCAUUUCUAUAUCGCGCUUGCCAGCUCAGAUUGGCCGUGCCAACUUUCUGCGCGCGUCGGUCGGCGUUCCGAUGCGCAACCGGGGCAGUAGAAUACUCGUUAAUCACAUCCCCACUGGCGCGUUCAGGCGGAGCAUGUCUUUAUCUGCUUCUGUUGAAGGGGCGAGCUCGGGAUCCCCAAGGCGGACAGUGGACGCUCCCAUCGUUGGCUACUGGACGCUGUUUUGCGCGUCCAUGGUCUUUGGCAUUAUUGUUUGGGGCGGCUUGACGCGGCUGACUGAGUCUGGGCUGUCGAUUGUCGAGUGGGCACCGAUUUCGGGCGCUAAGCUGCCGACCAGCGAUGAGCAGUGGGAGUCCGAGUUUGAAAAGUACAAGCAGUUCCCCGAAUACCACAAGGUGCACAUCGGCAUUACGCUGGACGACUUUAAAAAGAUCUACUUUAUGGAGUGGUUCCACCGCAACAUUGGCCGCCUCUUUGGUGUCGUCUACCUGCUCCCCGCAGCGUACUUUGUGUCCAAGGGCAUGGUGACACGCGCGGGCGUAGCCAAGAUUGGCGGCCUGGGCCUGCUACUCCUGGGCCAGGGUGUCAUGGGUUGGUACAUGGUGUCUUCAGGGCUCGAGAAGGAGCUGGGAGAGCGGCCCGAUGCUGUGCCUCGUGUCAGCCAGUACCGUUUGACGUCCCAUCUUUCGCUGGCCUAUCUGCUGUACGCUGGCCUGUCAAUGUACGGUUGGAACGUCUUCCGCGCCAACCGUCUGGCUAAGGGCAGGAUUUCCAACCCCGAAGCCUUGCGCGCGCUGUUGACCAAGCCGGCCAUCGUCUCCUACCGCCGCAAGAUUGCCGCCGCUACAUUGCUCGUCGGCGUGACCUGCAUGUCGGGCGCUAUGGUCGCAGGUCUUGAUGCCGGGCUCAUUUACAACGAGUUUCCGACCAUGGGCUUGGGCCUGACACCGCCGCUCAACGAGCUGUGGAACUCGUUCUUUGCUCGCGGGGACCCGUCGGCCAUGUGGCGCAACCUCACUGAAAACCCAGCUACAGUGCAGCUCGAGCACCGCAUUUUGGCUAUGACCACGUUCUUCACGCUCUCUGCGCUUUGGUGGAAGGGGCGCCGGCUACCAUUGCCGCGCGGUGCUCGUGUAGUGCUGCACACCAUGUACGGCGUUGCAUGGCUGCAGGUUGCGCUGGGCAUUAGCACGCUCGUCAACUUUGUGCCCAUUGCAUACGCAUCAGCGCACCAGGCCAACUCUGUGCUGCUGCUGGCGUCAGCGUUGGGCCUUCUGCAUACGCUGAGACCCCUCAAGCUGGCAAAAAAAAUAUGAGUCGCGGGCAAAAAUUAGUCACAGUGGGGUUCGAACCCACGAUCUCGUGAGAGAGCGGAUCUUAAGUCCGCCGCCUUAACCUCUCGGCCAUAUGACUUUGUUACGCCAAUCCCAUACUGAGGCAAUUUAGUUGAACUAGCUUGCUGGAUUUGCUUCUAAUAUCUGAUGUUUAGUGGUGGUGAAAAACUUGCUGCUUUGCUUUGUAUAAAAAGCAGUUUUCUUUUAAAAUCACUUGUGUUUUUUUCUUCUUUCUAGCUGCUCUCGUUUGUAAAAAUCAAAUGAAAAUUCACAAGA